AUGGAGCUCUACUCCGCUCACCACCACCACCAUCUUCUCCGUCAUCAGGACCCAAUACCCAGAUUGCUCCUCCGUACCCUACCCAUCUUCCACAGCACCCUACCUCCACAGAGAUGCCACCGUCAGCUUCGACGACGGCGCUCCUCAAAAACGACGGCGGCUCUGCUGGAACAGACGGGCGGGAAAAUGGUGGUGGAGCUGGUCGGAGCUUUCAACGAGCUCACAGAAAGAAUGGGCAUGCUCUCCAGCAGCGGGUCCCACCUACUCUUCAAAGCUCUCAAGCUCUCCAUCCCCUUGCUCUACGCCUUGCCUAUAACCCCGGACGGCCGCUCCUCACUCUCCAAGGCCUUGUCUUUCGCCUUAAUUCUCGCUGACCUCCAGAUGGACGCGGAGGUGAUUUCAGCUGGGAUGCUGAGACCGGUUUUGGAAGCCGGAGCGAUUUCGAUACAGGAGGUGAGGGACCAGAUUGGUACCGGAACGGCUCACUUGUUACACGAGAGCUUGCGUGUGAUGAAAGUUCCUUCCAAGGUUGAUGUGUUGGAUGAUGACAGUGCAGCUGCAUUGAGGAAGUUUUGCUUGACGUAUUAUGACACGAGGGCUGUGAUUCUGGACUUGGUUUUGCGGCUCGAUAUGAUGAGGCAUCUUGGUUAUCUUCCGAGGUAUCAGCAGCAUUUGGUUGCUUUGGAGGUUAUGAAGAUUCAUGCACCUUUAGCUCAUGCUGUUGGGGCCAACUGGUUGUCGUUGGAGCUUGAGGAUUUGUCGUUUCAGUACUUGUUUCCGAAUUCGUAUUUGUAUGUGGAUGAGUGGUUGAGGAGUCAUGAGAGUGGAAGUAGGCCGUUGGUGGAUGUGUACAAGGAGCAACUUUUGCAGUCGUUGAGAGAGGAUCCUUUGUUGGCGGGGCUGAUUGUAGGUGUUUCGGUGUAUGGUAGGUAUAAGAGUCGGUAUAGCACCAUGAAGAAGCUGUUGAAGGAUGGGAGGAAGCCGGAGCAGGUGAAUGAUGUGUUGGGGUUGAGGGUUAUAUUGGAGCCGAAGUCUGGAGAAGAUGAGGCCAAAAUGGGGGAAAGAGCUUGUUACAGGACUCGUGAAGUGGUUCGGUCAUUGUGGAAAGAGAUGCCUCACAGGACAAAGGAUUACAUUGCUAGGCCUAAGGCGAAUGGGUAUAGGAGUUUGCAUAUGGCAGUUGAUGUGAGUGACAGUGGCAAGAGUAGGCCUUUAAUGGAAAUACAAAUUAGGACUCAGGAGAUGGACAUGUUGGCGGAUGCUGGCACUGCAUCUCACUCAUUGUACAAGAGUGGUCUUACAAACCCAGAAGAGGCAAAGCGGCUCAAGGCCAUAAUGAUGGCUGCAGCUGAACUUGCAGCAUUUCGCCUUAAAGAUCUUCCGUCAGCCAAUCAUGGAGGCAUUGAGACUGAGCAAAGUAAGAGUGAUAGAGUGUUCCGCCUUCUUGACAAGAAUGGUGAUGGAAGAAUCAACUUUGAGGAACUUAAGGAAGUUAUGGAAGAGCUCGGUGCCCCAGGGGAAGAUGCAUGCGAAAUGAUGCAACUGCUUGAUGCUAAUAGCGAUGGUUCUCUUAGCUCAGACGAAUUUGAUUUGUUUCAGAAACAGGUCGAGUUUAUGCGUAAUUUUGUGGACAGAGAUGAGCAGUACAAGACAGAAUUGAAUGAGAAACUUCAGAUUGCAGAAAACAACAGCUUGAUCCAGGUAUAUGCUGAAGAUCUUAGUGGCACCAUUGCAAACUAAAUUUACUUGCAUCAUAUAGUCAUCUCAUUCACCAUGUAUACAAGUUAUUACAACUGUACAUAUACCAUAUCAUUGUUAAUAGGUCUGGUAGCUGUUCUCUAAAUUGUACUCAAGAUGUCAUGCAUCUGUAAUUAGAUAUUUAACAUG